UCCCAAUGGCCUCCCCUGCUCGGGGGAGGGGGGUGGAACCUUUAGAACGAUUCGAGUCUCAACGCCCCUUUACGUCUCAGCCGGGCGGAAGAGUCACGGGUGCCGAGCGUGCAUCUCGCUACUGUUUUUAACUUCCGCCCGGCCGAGCGUGUGAGGACCGGGAGCUGCUACGCUUCUCCCUGCCUGAGAGAUGCUGGGAGCCGGUCGAGAACCGCUGAAUGGGGAAGCAACAAGCAUGAAAUCAGAUUCCAAAGAACAAGACUUGAUACAUGAAGAGUUCACUUACAUUUCUGGAGCCCUUACACAGAUUCUAAAGUGUGGCCCUUGGGAAGAUCUCUGGAAUGAUAAAAGUGCACCCAGACUUCUAUUUCUAGUUAUCCCUGGUAAUCCAGGAUUGGUUGGCUUUUACCGGACAUUCAUUGAGGCUUUAUAUUUUAACCUGAAUCAGCAGUAUCCCGUGUGGGUCGUUAGCCAUGGUGGACACUGUAAAAUUCCUCAUAACAUCAAAAGAAAAGAAGAGAUGGUUUCGAAUGACACUGAUGAUGUUUUUGGGCUUCAUGGGCAAGUUGAACACAAGUUGAACUUCCUCCGAAAGUAUGUGCCAAAAGAUGUCAAACUUAUACUUAUUGGACACUCAAUUGGCUGUUAUUUUGCUCUUAAAAUUAUGAAGCACUCACCAGAACUGGAGAUUCUCCACAGCAUCCUGCUCUUCCCUACAAUAGAACGCAUGGCAGAAUCCCCACUAGGCAAGGUCAUGACUCCCCUGCUCUGCUGGCUCCGUUAUAUUCUGUACAUGCCUAUAUAUUUGUUCACCUUUGUACCAGAAAGAGUUAAAAGGUUCUUUGUGCACUUUGCAUUGAAUCAGCAGAAUGAUGAAACUUUAGUAACGACAUUGAUAGACAUGCUUAAUAACAUGGAUUGUAUCGCAAACAUCAUGUACCUGGGAAGCCAAGAAAUGAGAAGUGUUAAACAGAGAGACAAUUCUACAAUAAAGCAGCAGUUAAAUAAGCUGAUUUUUUACUAUGGAGCAACUGAUGGAUGGUGUCCUCUGCAAUACUACGAAGAGAUGAAGAUAGAGUUUCCAGACGGAGAUAUUCGAAUCUGUGAGAAAGGAAUCCACCAUUCUUUUGUCAUGGAUUCCAGCAAAGAAAUGGCUGAAAUGAUAACAGGCUGGAUACAGGAUGAUCUCGCCAAGCUAUGAUGGAGACAGAAUAAAUAGCAGGAGGAAUUCAUUGUAUUAUGGCCAUGUAAUCUUCCUUGAUGGAUUUGCCUUGCUUUGUCUUUGCAUUAGGGUUUGCUUUUUUCUAGAAGCUAUGGUGUUAACCUGAUGGCUCAUAUUACAUUCCUGUUGACAGGUUUCUAACAAAUACCCAAGGUAAGGUUGUAAACACAUGGGACUGAUUGUAUCAAACCAGAGCCCUGGAUUCCUUUAGGCCAAUGUCAGCCUCCCUCUACAGUGACUACCUGUUCAGGUAACUCACAGGAUUGUUAUAACAAAAAGAAAGAGAGAGAGAGAUCCCCUGCCCUCCAUGUGCCAUCUUGAUUUUUUAAAUGUAUGAAUUAAUCAGCCAUUAAUUCUGUGUCUAGCUAGCAUAGUGCCUCUAGCAGGAUUGUAUGAAUUAUUACAUCAAGGUGUUUAGAUCUUCUGACAUAUAAGCCCCAGUCUGUUCAUCAACACCAUUCAUUCUGUCACAACAUUGUAGUAGUAUUGCAUCCAUAAUUGUGUCCUAUAUUGUUGUUGAGGUGGUUAGGGUUAGAAUCGACUAUCAUUGGGGGAAAAUAGCAUUGGGGGAAAAUAGCAUCUAAUUUAUGGUUAUGAUGUUAGAAUAGCAAAUCACUACAAAACUGUUAUUAUUGCUUAAAUUAAUUUCAACUUCUAUUGUGGUGGAAGAGAUUUGGUGUGCAGAAAAAGAACUAUGUUGCUCACAAGCAGAACCAAUAAUGAAUUAGUAAAGUAUGGUACUUCUUACAAGUAAUUCUUGACCUAUGACCACAAUAGAGACUGGUUGUUAUGCAAGUCAUCACAUGAUUAGACCGGAUUUUAUGACCAGUUUUACCACAGUUGUUAAGCAAUUUCAGGUGCUUGCAACAUGGCCAUUUAACAUGGUUGUUAAGUGAAUCACACAGGCGUUAAGCAAAUUCAGCUUCUCCAAUUGAAGUUGCUUUUCAGAAAACCACUGGGAAGAUCCCAAAUCGGGAUCAUGUUGACUGGCGGACAUUGCACCAGUAGUAAACAUGAACCAGUUACCAAGGCUCCCAAACUGCGAUCAUGUGAUAUGAAGGUGGUAUGAUGGUAGUGUGAAGGCAGAUCACAAAUCACUUUUUCCAAGGCUGUCGUAACUUUCAACUAUUGUUAAAUAAAAGGUUGUUAAGUCAAGAACUAUCUGUAUUGAGAAAGUUGUAAGUAUGUUGGUUACAGGUCUGCAAAUGUUAAAAGUAGAGUAGCAUUUUGUCUGCUCCACUUCAUUCAAAGCCCUUGAUACCUCAAUACCCUGCUUGUGGCAACCUUUUGCUUCAGACAGUGAGAAUAAUUGCUGAGUUACAGGUAGUUGCUUAGUGCUUAUCUACCAUUCAAAGUUACAAAAGUUCUUCGCCAUAGAAAACAAUGGCUUUGCUUAACACUCACAUUUACUUAGUAACUACCAUAUUUGAUUAAAAACUGCCACAAAAAGGCCAUAAGACAUUGUUGGGCAGGCUCCAUUAUGGUCAUAUGUCAAGGACUAACUGCAUAUGUUAUUGUAGAACAGACAGAACUUGGAUGACAUACUGCACUUUUAUUAAUUUGUUUCUCAAGAAAUAGUCACUGCUUGGGUAUGGAAUAUUUUCCUCCCUACCUCCUUUUUUCAUUUGUUUGUGAUUUUUAACAAAUCACAAAAAACAAAAGCAAAUAUAUUAAGCCUUAUGUUGCUCAUACUUUGGGAAAUUGGGAGGAAAAGAGGCUUGGGAUUACCUGUGCACCAUAAGCUGAUCCUGAAACACACUUCUUCUGGUCUACCCAAUUAUUUUGUACAGCAUCCUGUGUUAAAUGCCAUGUUGUAUGCUUGUCCUUAUCUCCCUAACCUUGACCACUACCUAAACUAGGAGAGCCCUGUGAUUGUGAGGGGAGACUAAUGGAAAAUUGUGCACAUAGGCAUGCUGUAGAUUUGAAUUCCUUUUUUGCUUCUGGCCCACCCUGAAAAAAGCCCAGGACACAACUGGAAGAAGCCUCAUUUCCAACAGCACUGCUAUUUGCUGCUGACCAGGAUGGGAUAGACAAAAAAAAGAAGAAACUGUUUGCCACUUGGUUCACAUUUUUGCAAACUUAGGAGUUGUGUUUGGAUGAUUGGGUUGGUUGGUUCUGUGCUAUGUGAUUCCCCCCCACCCCACCCCCAGGAAAACUCCGAGCUGGUAGCAGACAACAAAGAGAGCGGCCAUCUUGGCAGGAAGCCCAGGCAUUGCUAAGGUGCCUGGAAGGCUCUCCCCGUCUGCUGUGUGAUAGUGGUGGUUGUUUUAAUCAUACAGGAAAGGAUUCGUCUGUUGAUUGAAGCCAUUGCAGGCAGGAUGGGUACAAGGUUUAACCAGCCCCAUCCCCUUCUCAGCCUGCUUCAUCUCCACUCUUUGUUGCUGCAGGGAUUUUUUUAAAAGGGAGAUUCUUAGAGGACUGGCCUAUCUAAAACAUUAAUCUUAAUUUAGCCUCAGGAUCAGCAGAAGAAAGAAAGGGAGAGUUUUGCAAUUGUUCCUUGUGGGUUCUUCUAAUGGUGGAAGUUAGUUUAAUCCAAACCAACCCUGAUGCUAUUUCAUAGGACAACUAACCUUAUCUAGCACCUCUAUUGCCUGCGGUUAGUAUAUCAACAUAAAUCUCCCUCUCGCCCCGCCCCCCAGUUGUAUGUGUGUAUAAACAGAUAUUGUGUUGAACUAUUAUAAAACUUCAAUAGGUGUAUUAAAUGUUCUGAUCUAUGUAUGCAUAUAUAUUGCUUGAGCAGAUACUAAUAUUAUUGGGAAUCCAGGUGGCAUAAGCAUGACUAGCAUUGUAUCUAAUAUUUCAGGAGGGGUUUUGGACUGUAAAAAACUAUUCUUUUGGGGCAUUACAUUUACAUAACUGUGUUGUUUGUACACUGUUCUAUUCCUUGGUCUCAUUUAAUCCUAGUGUUUUUUAGAUCUAAAAAAACAUAUUCCUACAAUAUUUUUGUGUGUAAGAUGUGAUUAGGCAGAGGAACAUUUAUAAUCUGGUAGUAACAGUCUUGCCUGUCAAAAGGAAACUCUUCAAACUCUUUAAGCAUUCAAUAUUUAAUUGAAAACACCCAGCACUGACCACAGGAGACUUUCAUGCAGUGAAGUUUGAUCCAUCUGUAACAGUGACAGACUAUUUUCAGAAUAUGCUUAUUAAUUUUUGCUACUCUUUUCAUUAUCUGGUCAUCUUAAUAAGCCUAUCUUGGAACUAUUGUAGUAUUUCCUGACACAAUUUUAAUCAUAGGGAUUCAUUGCCUGCUUUCACUUGAAGCUUAAAAUGUUUGUGCUCACUAGUUGUUAACACAUGGGCAUAUAAGAUUGUGAUAAUUUAAACCAAUUUUGUAAACUAUAAUUGCUUAAUGCAAAAUACUAGUUUAGUUUUAAGAAUUGUUCUUAAUUAAUAAUACCAUUACCUUCUUCUUGCUUUCUGCAUUUGAAGAUUCCUUUGAUCUUUGCUUCAGAAUGCUGUUCUCCCAAUGGCAGAAAACUGAAAUUGAUAAGUAAUGAAUAAAUGUUCUUUAUCAUUUUAAUUUUGAAUUAAAUGGAAUAAACUGAGCAAGAGCAAGUACUAGGAGUGCAGUUUUACAAUCGUUUCUACCUUUGUUUGUUCAGAACAAACAACCACAACACUGUAAAUUGCUAUUCAUCGCUUUGCAAGUUUCAAAAUAUGUUUGUAUGGAGAAAAGUAUUUGCUUUGCAGAAAAUAAAAGGGAUUUGCAUUGGGAGUGCCCAGCAAAAAAAUUUGGUUGGUUGGUUUGUAUCCCUCCUUUAUUAUUUUGACAAAUAACUCAAGGUUGUGAACAUAUCCAACACACUUUCCUCCUCCCAGUUUCCCCACAAAAAAACAACCCUGUGAGGUACUUUGGGCUGAGAGAGAAAGGGACUAGCCCAAGAUCACACAGCUGGCUUUUAUGGUUAAAUCAUGAAAAUGGGAAGAAAAAGGUCAUCUUUAACACAUCUUCUAUGUUUCCCCUAGGUAGCUUCCCGUGUGUUUCAUUUGCAGAUUUUUAAUUCUGAAAGAAUUGCUCUCAUGUUCCAUUUUGUGCAGAUAGAACAAAAGACACAUCAGUGAAGAAGCCAAAAUUUGGGACUCUGUAAAUGUGGUUGGAGUGAAACAGAGCAACUGUUCAAUUAAAGCCUCGAGUACAGAUGAAAGCUGGGCAACUCUUGUUUUUGAAUCACUUAAAUGGUCAGGUCUUUUUCAUGAAUUGAAAAGCUACUCUAGAAGCUAUUCCAACCUGCUUACAAAGCAAAUGGGUUGCAUGUGUACGUAGUUGGGUAGGAGGAGUGAGCAAGUGAGUCUUGCAAAAGAUACAGUGGCUUUAAUGAGUGAAAAACUAGUACUAUUUUAUCCUUUCUGUACGUUCUAAGUAUUUCCAUAGUCCUAUACAGAUAAAUGGAAUUAUAUUAAUUCAUGCAUUUUUUGACAUUUCUGAAUUCCCACACUCAAAAGAUAAUUGAUCAUUAACUGCUGAGGGGAAUUAACAGAGUUGGAGAGUUGACCUCCUAACCUGCUUGUGACUUUUCAGAUAUGCAAUAAUGGCAAAUAUCUGUAGCUUGGGUGUAGGAUGAGGCUGAAGGUUCGUUCUCUGAGUUUGUGGGUUAGUUUCCGAAUGUUUCAUUACCAGGUUAGAUAACAUCUUCAGUGGCGUUUAGGGGAAGUCUGUGUCAGAGCUCAUCUGUUUAUAAGGGCUUCAGGUGUGGGUGUGUCAAAUGAGGGUCUUGUGAUGGAUUAGGUGUGAGUCAUCAGAGGUUUGCCAGUAAAGAUGUAACCUAGCCUGGUAACGAAACAUUUGGAAACCAAUCCACAAGCUCAGAGAACAAACCUUCACGCUCACUUUUCAGAUAAAGUAUAGUGGUGUAAGGGCAAGGAGACAUAGGUUCAAGUCCAUCAUCACCAUGUGUCUUUAGGCCAAUCGUUCUCUCUCAGCCCAUUCCACCUGACAGGGUUGCUGUUGAUGUGAGAGAAAAUAAAAGAAGGAAGUGUUGAAUUCUGUCUUGAGUGUCUGAAGAAAAGGCAGGAUGUAAAUCAAAUGAAUAAAUAAAACUUUCCUUUACACAAUUUCUCAUUAUAAUAACUUGGGUGAGGAACUUGCUUUUAAAAAUUAAAUAUAAUUGUUGUAUUUGUAGAAAGGCCGAACAUUCUGCACAAGAAGCAGACUGUCUAUAUCCAAAGAGUAGCUUAUAAGAUUUCUAAAUGUUAUUAUCUACACAAACAUAUUCAUCAUAAAAAUUAUGACCAAUAGAUAAUUUAGCAUAUUAUUUCCACUAAUCCAUUCUGAUCUUCUCCUUAUUCUAAUACUUUGUUUGAAUAACAGAAAAGAAUGUGGCAGUUAGUAAACCUACUUAACACUUUGUGUGGAAUGAUAAAAACCCACUAGUACCCUGGAGGCUGUCAUUUUAUUUUCAGGGUCAUGGGGUCAAGUUAAGACUUGAGAUUAUUGUGUGCCCCAAAGCCUCUUUAUUGAAAUUUAGGCAAUGUAAGAACCCACUGAGAGUCUCCUAGUGACCAAGAGUAAUUAAAGCAGUACAUAACACUGAAAGAGAAAGCUAUAGAGUGGGAAUAUAGAGUGACUGCCAAAAGUUGCUGUUGCUUUAAGCAGUGUUCGUGCAGAAUUUAUGGAGCAAUUUAUGUAUAAAAUGAAACCAUGGAGGGAGAACACCAUUGUCCUUGUGUAAAAGAACACAUAGCUAAGAAGUGUUAGUCGUUGACAUGAACUCCUUAACAUUAGAUGAUAAAGAUGAUGACUCAGGUGAACAUUUUUUUAUAUAUUUGCUGUGUGGUUUUUACUAGUCAUUUUGUCACCUUUACUAGUCAGUUUGUCACAUUUUCUUCAGCACUGACAUAUUUUAUUCUGU